AUGAGCUUUUUGUUGGACCUGGUUGUGGGGAUCUUCCUCAUCAUCUACUACAUUUUGGAGUCAUGGGUCCUGUUUUUCAUCCCCAAGAGCCUGAGGAUGAAGGACAUUGCUGGACAAGUGGCCUUGGUCACUGGAGGGAACAAGGAGACAGUGAGGCUGGUGAAAGCAUAUCUGAAGCAGCAGCCAUCUGGCAAGCAGCAUGAGCAGAAAGCAAUAAAUGUGGACAGUAUGGUGUAUGGGUUCAAGGUGGACCUGUGCAAAAGGGAUGAUGUGUUCAGGGUGGCCCAGUUGGUGCAAAAGGAAGUUGGCACAGUUGACAUCCUCAUCAACAAUGCUGGUGUAGUGUCUGGCAAGUCCUUCUUGUCCACCUCUGACCAGCAGAACAUUCUGACUAUGAAUGUCAAUGCCAUUUGUCAUUUUUGG